AUGGCUCACAGAACGUAUGGGGCCGUUUCAUGGUUUGAGCGCCUUCGAACGGUGCUCAUUCUUCUACCCCUUCCCUUCAUAACCAUAUCGCGCCUCCUCCUUUCCCCAUUUCUAUCGUCAGAGAGACACAAAACAUGGCGCCGCGUCCUUACCGAUGCAUCCUUCCGGUACAUUUCAUCAUCGAUGCGCGUGAACGAGAUGCAGAGCGUCAUGGGGACAACACGGAAGGUUUAUGAGGGUUGGGCGAAGAAGAACGGCGUGGAGGCCAGGAUUGACGAGCUCGGUGAUGAUGCUCGUCUCCUUUGGUUCACAGAGAGAAGAACGGACAAGGUCCUACUUUAUAUUCAUGGUGGAACAUACUGUCUACCUCUCCAAGAUUUCGCGGCGACAUUCUGGAAGGACACAAUCGCCAACAUCGAGAAGACAACCGGAUCUAAGGUUGGCCUGGUCGCAUUGAAUUAUUCUCUCAUCCCAGAAGCCUAUUUCCCAACCCAACUCACCCAACUCGUCAGAGCCAUCCACCACCUCUUCCAGCAAGGUGUCCAUCCCUCGAACAUCCACCUCGCAGGCGAGUCAGCCGGCGGAGCCCUUGUUCUGCAGCUCCUCUCGCACAUCCUCCAUCCUGUGCCCAACGUCCCACCGAUCGCGGCCAAGUUUGGUAGCGCGUGCAUCCUGUCACCUUGGGUCUCACUGGACGGCAAGACGGGAUCGCAUCUCCUCAACUCGAACAACGAUGUCCUGCCGGCUUAUACUUGGGCAUACCUCGGCGAGCAGAGUACACCAUCGUUCGAGGUUACGGGGCUUGGUGCGGAGGGUGCGAGGCCGUACCUAGAGGCUCUGAAGGCCCCUGAAGACUGGUGGUAUGGGCUUAGUGGUGUUGUUAAACGCAUCUUCGUCAGUGUCGGCGAGUACGAGUGCCUGCGGGACGAUGUGGUGGAGGUUGCUCGGAAGUUGGGCAAAGACGACUUCGUGACGACGGUCGUUCAGAUGAAGGGCGUUCAUAACGACCAGUACUUGGAUGUUAUGGCGGGUGAGAAGCGCCCCGGAGAGUUGACUCUGAAGAUUACGGAGUGGUUGGAGAAGAAUUUGGCGUAG